AUGGUGAAGAAAAUGGUAAACAGAAGUUGUCAGAAGAACUUCUGUUUUGUUAUUGCUGCAGCUCUAGGCUUCGUGUUGCUGUGCUUUUCAGUGCCUGACUUUGAGUAUAUCACAUCUUAUGCAAAUGCAGUCAGACAGAGCAAAGGUUCAGACCCAAUAACUCCUGGUAGUGGGAAAUCUCAACAGCAAGAUCCUUGCUCGGGUCGUUACAUUUACAUGCAUGAUCUCCCACCCAGAUUCAACCAAGACUUGGUAACGAAAUGUCAGACACUCAGAAAACGGUUCAAUUUCUGCCCAUAUGUGGAAAAUGAAGGUUUUGGCUCAAAUAUAAAGCUCAACAACAGUUCAGAGGAUUCUUCUGAAAGUGUAAUGUCAGGGGAAAGUUGGUAUGCAACUUCACAGUCUAUCUUGGAAGUAAUAUUCCACACUAGGAUGAAGCAGUACGAGUGCUUAACAAGUAACUCCUCUUUAGCCUCGGCUAUCUAUGCACCCUUUUACCCUGGGCUAGAAGUAGGCAGGUAUCUAUUUGGAGGGUUUAGCUCAUCGGUCAAGGAUGCUGGUGGUUUGGAUUUCACAACCUGGCUAACGGGAAGACCUGAGUGGGCGCGUAUGUUUGGUUGGGACCAUUUCUUUGUUUCAGGGAGGAUAACUUGGGAUUUCAGGAGACCAACCUACAUUGGUCCAAACUGGGGUAGCAACUUCAUGAAUUUACCCCAAACCAACAACAUGACUAUGCUAACAGUAGAUUCAAGCCCUUACGCCGACAAUGAUUUUGCGGUCCCAUACCCAACUGAUUUCCACCCUUCAAAUGACAGUGAGGUAUUACAAUGGCAGGAACAAGUGAGGAAGAUGAGAAGAGCUCACCUUUUUGCAUUUGCAGGGGCCCCACGCUAUUACAAAGGCUCCAUUAGAGGGGAGCUUAUCAAUCAGUGUAAGAAAGCACCAAGAAACCAUUGCAAACUGGUUACCUGUGUUCCCAAAAAUAAAGCAAACUGCAACAACCCUGAUGUUAUUAUCAAGGCAUUUUUGAUGUCUAAUUUCUGCUUGCAGCCUACUGGGGAUUCAGACACGAGGCGUUCCACUUUUGAUGCCAUCUUGACUGGCUGUAUUCCUGUGUUUUUUCACCCGGGAUCAGCUUACACACAAUAUUUCUGGCAUUUGCCUAAGAAUUACACCAGCUAUUCGGUUUUCAUUCCAAUACAAGGGAUUAAAAGUGGGACUCUUCGUGUUGAACAAGUUCUGCAUCAGAUUCCUCAAGAUGUCGUUACAGCUAUGAGGGAGAAGGUAAUACAGCUGAUUCCAAGAAUCAUAUAUGCGCGCCAUAAGUUGAAAACAACUGAAGAUGCAUUUGAUAUCGCCAUCAAGGGAGUUCUCGAGAGAAUUGAGGAUGUUAGGAGACAAAUUCAACAAGGAAAGGACCCAAGAAGUAGGUUUCCAGAGAAGUCAACUUGGAAAUAUUACUUGACAGGGAAACUUGAAAAACAUGAGUGGGAUUCAUUCUUCAGAAGCAAGCAGUGA